AUGGUCAAAAUCGAGCCCUUCGCCGUCGAACAAUGGAUGGACGACUACGAAACAACAGCAACCUACAACAUAGCCGAAACUUGCUCCGCCUCCAUCUCACUGUCUGACCUUCAGAACCUCUCCUCCGAGCAAUCUACAGACUCAAACAACUCAGACUCCUCCAUCUCCCCGUUCUUCUCCAACACCACAAAACUAACGUACGGCGCAAUCCGGGGCUCCGAAACACUGCGCAGCCACCUCUCGCGACUAUACUCUGUCAAGACACCCACCGUACUUCCGACGGAGAAUAUAUUAAUUACUUCCGGCGCAAUACAAGGUAACUUUCUGCUACAUUAUGCUUUGGUGCAGCCGGGGGAUCAUGUCAUUGUGCAUUAUCCAACGUAUCAGCAAUUAUACUCGGUAUCGGAGGCCAUAGGGGCGGAAGUCAGUCUAUGGAAGGCAAAGGAAGAUGAGAGCGACGAGAAUGGAUGGGUGUUGGAUACGGAGGAGUUGAAGGGGCUGAUUAGGCCUAAUACGAAGUUGAUUGUUUUGAAUAACCCUCAAAACCCAACCGGUGCAAUCAUACCCAAGUCAAAACUCCAAGAGAUUGUGAACAUUGCCAAAGAACAGUCGAUUAUAAUUCAUGCCGACGAAGUCUACCGCCCAAUCUUCCACGGCAUAUCCCCUAUCGAUGCCGAAUUUCCCCCUUCAUUAUUAUCAUUGGGCUACGAAAACGUCGUUGUGACGAGCUCAAUGUCCAAAGCUUACAGUCUAGCCGGUAUACGAGUUGGCUGGAUCGCGGCACGUAACAAGGAGAUUAUCGAUAAAUGUAUGGUCUGCAGAGACUACACUACUAUCUCGGUUAGUCAGAUCGAUGACGCUGUUGCGUCUUAUGCCCUGGCACCGCAUACGAUCCACAGUUUAUUACUCCGCAAUAUUCAGCUUGCCAAAAAGAAUCUGGCGAUUCUCGAGAAAUUUAUUGAGAGUCAUAGAUGGGCAUGCGAUUGGAAAAAGCCGCGCGCCGGCACAACGGCGUUUGUCAGGUUUAACAAAAUGGGACGGCCGGUAGACGACGUCGCGUUUUGUAAGCUUUUGCUUGAAAAGAAGGGCGUUUUGGUGGUACCGGGCAGUCGGUGUUUUGGUCGCGAUGCUGGCGAGUUUCGGGGUUACGUGCGGUUAGGGUAUGUGUGCGAAACCGAGGUACUGGAAAGGGGGCUUGAGAAGUUGAGGGAAUUUAUGAAGGGGGAGUAUGUUGAUGAUGUUCCUUUGGCGAAAUAA